GAUUCAAUUUCAUAUACAAUCAAUAAGCUAUAAUGACAGAAACCAUCCCUUCAGCGACCUCUGUCUCACCCAAGAAACAGAUCAUCCUCAAUGCCUUUGUCAUGAACACUCCGGGCCACCAGGCCCCCGGUCUCUGGAGACAUCCCCGCAAUAAAACAGAUCAAUACAAAAAACUUUGCUUUUGGACAGAUCUCGCACAGCUACUCGACAAAGCAGGGUUUCACGCAAUGUUUAUUGCCGACACAUUGGGUCCCUACGAUGUUUACAAAGGCCCCGCCAAUGUUGUACCGGCAUUGGCAUCAGGCGCACAGUUCCCCGUUAAUGAUCCUCUGUUUUUGGUUCCGACAAUGGCUUCUGUAACGAAGAAUCUGAUUUUCGGGGUGACGGCGAGUUUGACAUAUGAAAAGCCAUAUGCAUUGGCGAGAAGCCAAGGCCGAGUUGCAUGGAAUAUUGUUACUUCUUACCUAGACAGUGCUGCUAGAAACCACGGGCUCAAGGAGCAAAUCCCGCACGACGAGCGAUACGCCAUUGCGCAUGAGUAUAUGGAAGUCCUCUAUAAGCUAUGGGAAGGCAGUUUCCGGGACGAUGCCGUCCUUGAAGAUCGAGAAAACGGCAUCUACAUUGCGAAUGAUGCUGUACGACAAAUCAAUCACAAAGGCAAAUACUUUGAAGUCCCUGGUCCUCAUUUCUGUGAGCCAUCGCCACAAAGAACUCCGUUCUUGUUCCAAGCGGGUGUCUCCGAGGCAGGAAAUGGCUUCGGUGGCAAGCAUGGAGAAGCCAUCUUCAUUGGAGGCCAGACCCCUGAAGGCGUUCGUGCAACGGUAGAUAAUAUCCGCGCCAUUGCAAAGAAAGAAGGUCGUGAUCCGAACCAUAUAAAGAUCAUCUUAGCGAUCUGCGUUAUCGUGGCUGCGACGGAUGAAGAGGCUCAAGCCAAGCGUGAAGAGUACCUGAAAUAUGCAGACUAUGAAGGUGCCUAUGCCCUCUUUGGUGGAUGGACAGGUGUUGAUUUGUCCAAGUAUUCUGAUACGGAGAAUUUCCUCGUCGCGGAUUCACCUCGUGUUCAGUCUCUCAUACGACGAUGGGCAGCCUCAGUGCCCGGAACGGAGGGUCAACCUUGGACCAAGAAGACCAUUGCCGAGUAUUUGAGUGUUGGUGGUCUACAGGCAAAACUGAUUGGAAGUCCUACUACAGUCGCUGAUCAAAUUGAGCAGUGGGUGGAUUUGACGGAUGUGGAUGGGUUUAAUGUCAUUCAUAUAACGAAUCCGGGCUGUUUUGAGGAUAUGGCUGAGUAUCUGAUUCCGGAAUUAAGACGUCGUGGACGAUUCAGGAGUCAUGUAGAAAAGGAAGGCGCUACUGCUCGAGAAGUUUUUAUCGGAUCGAGGAGAUUACCAGAGGACCACCCGGGGAGCAAGUAUAAAUGGCGUGCCGGUGAGAGUAUCCCUUCGUAUCAGAAGGAGGAACAAACGAGCUCUCUUGCAAAUUAGACAGUGCUUCUCACGCUUUGAGCAGUCACUAUAUAUCAACGUUACCUAAG